UUUCUGAAGUUUGGGAAAUGAUGUCGAGAACCCAUUUUACAUCAAUUAUAGAUUUUUUAUUUGAACGUGUUUGGAUAGAUAAUUCUUCUUCUUCUUCCAGUAAAACUCCUGAUUUAAUUGUUGAACAAGAAGAAAAAAAUAUUGUUAUUGUUGAAAAUAAGGAGGACAGUUUUGAAGAAAAAGAGAAAGGAGGUGGAAAAUUAAUUAAUUUAAUAACAACACCUUUUAAUUCUUCACAUUUUGAAAUUAUUAAUAUUGGUGGUGGAAGUGUAAUUAAAAUUGUUUCUGAUGAUACUUGUGCGUUAGUUGCUGCUAUUGCUGAAGUUGUUAAGAAAGGAGAACCAGAAGAAGAAUUAAUUAAACGUGUUCCAAGAAUAAUUUCUGCUCUUUUAAUUUUGUUGGUUUCUUUAAUUGACACUCAAUACUCUAAUGUCCAGAAGAAUUCUAAUGUUGAUUUGUCUGGAACUACUUCAAGUUCACAAUCCGGCGUUGGAGGAAAGAAAGGUUUGGGGGGAAAAUUAAGAGGGAUAUUAGAGUCUUGACUAUAGAGGCUAGGGGGUCUUUUGAGUCUAGGGAAAAAUCUUUUGUGACUUUAAAUCAUUUUUUAAUAAUUUUUCUUAAAAAUUUUUUGAUAAAUUUUUUAGAAGUAAAAACCAAACCAAUAAUUCCAAUAGUAACAUCAGAAUUAACUCGAAGUGUAGAAACUCCAGCAAAAUUGGUUUCUGAAGCUAUAAGAACAUUC